AUUUGUAGCCGUUUUUAUGCAACCUAGGCCUUGACUAUCAUCAUUAGAGUCAUUUCAAUAUUUCAUUUAUCCCUUUUUCUCUGUGUCCCCAAUCUCCACACUGAAGACUCAAUUAUUACAGCAGUGCUGGUUGAUAACGCAAUACUGCAUUAGAUAACAGUUAUUUGCAAUGGGAAGCGAAACUGAGAAGGAAUACACUGCCUUUGAGGAGAAGGUGAAGCGAACAGUUUAUCUUGACAACCUCUCUCCCCAAGUUACUGAAGAAGCACUCAGAAAUGCAUUUAAGCAAUUCCACGGUACUCUGACCAACCUCCGCUUCAUCCCAAGCUACACAGAGCCUAGCUACAAUGCUAAGUUUGCUCUUUUGGAGUUUGAGAACCAAGAUCAAGCUAAGGAAAUAAUUGAUUUGCUGUCUCACUUUCCUUUCAUGAUAUUAGGAAUGCCACGGCCAGUAAGGGCCUUUCCUGCAGAACCACAGAUGUUUGAUGAUCGCCCAAGUAACCCGGGUAGGAGAUUAGAACUGUAUUGGUUGGAUCCAGAGGAUUCUGAUUUUGAUGUGGCUCAGCAGCUGAAGAACCUGGCAGAGAAGCAUGGUGCUCAACAGUCCUUUCUACUCAAGCAGAAGCAGCUAGAGGAGGAGGAGAAACUCUCGAAGCAGCAAGCUGAAAUUCUGAAUGCCCAUUAUCAGAAGUUAGAGAUGCUAAAUUCUGCAUUAUCAAUUGGCUCUGCAAAGGACCUUGCUAGGCUCUAUGGAGUUAAUAUGACUGAUGUCUCUGGAAUUUGAUAUAUAUAUUGUUAUCUGACUUGACGCCACCUUUCCUCGAAUAACUUGAUUUACUGCAAGUGCUAGCUUUGAGGUUUUUUAUGCUAUCAUUUACUGUAAUUACUUGUAAAGAAGCAAGUUUCAUUUCAUAUAGCUAAGUGAACUUAUUUGAGUACUA